AUGGUCGUCGACAAGCAGAACACAGUAGUGUACAACAGCGAGAAGCCCAGUGCCGUGGUCUUCUUCCUCCACGGACUCGGAGACACGGCGCACGGCUGGGCUGACAUGUUUCGUGGAGUAGCCGAGGACAUGCCGCACGUUAAGUUUGUGCUUCCCACUGCCAAGCCUCGUCCGGUGACCAUCGCCAACGGCCGGGAGAUCCCUGCCUGGGUAUAG